AUGAAUGAUUUAGGCAAUUCAAAUGCCAGAAUAUCCAGAAAUUUUAAUCAGCCAAGAACCAUCCAAUCAUCGUUGGAAUCACUUUCAGCAUUGUAUAACUCCCGUAACACACAUCCGGCCGAAGACUUGGAAUGGCUCAAUAGCUGUGAAUAUAUUAGCGAUCGGUUGAAAUUCCUCAAGGCAUUAUACAAGAACAUUGCGAUUCUUAGACGAAGCAAACUCCGAGAAAGAGCUCGUAGUCUUAGUAAUGCCAAUAGCAGUUCUUCGGUAGAUUUGGUUAGAAGUAACCGAGGCUCAAGUACAAUGCCAGCUACCUCAGAGACUGAGGCUACCACCAAUCGAGGAAAUGUGACAUCAGAGCCAAGGUCUGCUGGACAUAACCAUAACCACCAAUACUUGACAGUCUCAGACAGAAAUCCCAUGACGGUACCUGUCACAAUGCAUUUAGGGAUUUACCUGGAUAAUAAUAGUGAGAGCAGAGAUGAGAUGGAUUUUGAGGAGGAUGAGGUAGAGGACUUGGCAAGUCCCGGAACUAAAUUGACAGAGAAUGAUGAAUUGCAUAGUAGAAGCAUAUCGCCAGCUGUGAAGGCUGAACGUGACUUAGAAAGCGGCUAUGGUAUGACAUAUGUUUCUAGUCCUAUUACGAGAGAGCUAUCUGCACCAUUGGUUAAUGAAAAUGGAAGUAUGUCAGAAUCGUCGUAA